AUCUCUCCUUAGUGAGUACCAUGUUGAAAAGCGGAGACUGAUUGCAUCGCUUCAUGUACUCGUUGGCCGAACAGGGAGCAAGUAAGAAAUGGUCUCUAUACCAUUGAACUCUAGGCCUAUCGAAACCGGCGCUUCGACGACCACUUCAAUAUCCAUAGAAGAAACUACAUCCCCUGCAAGAUUAAUUCUCAACGCUUCUGUCGCUUUGUAUAAUCAAGAUAAAACUGAGCAAGAGGUCUCCCUCCAGUCCCAAGUCCUCAACCGUUACAUCGAUCACCUCGGAUCUAGCUCUCUUCAUAGCUUCAAGCAGGAGAAGCUGCGCUCCGAGCUCAAUUCACUUGACCUUCGGAGGAAGAAGGCUGAAGAAGCUACCAAAGAACACUUGAAGCUCCUCGAAAUCUGCAAUGCGGAAGAUAUUGAGAAGAGAGUGUCGCAAGUGCAACGGAAUGUGGAAGUACUCGAAACGGAGGUGAUACCGGCUCUUCGUGAGCUACUGGCAAGCUUAGAGCCCCCAAUGGAGUCCGAACGUAACCCACUGAACUUGAAGUUGGACAAUCUUUAUAUCAAUAUGCAGCGCAUCGCUCUCGAUUUAGGCAUAAGCAUGGAAGGUCCAUUUACCCAAGUCGUCGAAGGCCCUGCGUCCAUUAAUCUUACUCGGGCAGAUCACAACUACGGGGUCGAUGACACAGUAAUGGAUAGCUUUGUGAAUUGGGAUGGGGGCCUUCCAGAUACGAGUGUCUCGGACUCUGUUGAUGGCGAGUCGAACGUUAACACUCUUCAUCUAUCGUUUCCAUCGCAUGUCCCUCCGUCUACGCCCAAAUUCUCCAAGACUGUAGGAACCAUGACGCACUUCAAUGGCCACUUCUCGUAUCCUAUGGUUGCCGAUACGAGCACAAACCCUAGUGUCGGGUCGAAUUUACAUCAAGAAGAAGCUGAAACAAAGGAAACUGAACCUGAUCGACGUCUUGAGAUCCCCAAUUGCAUCGCGCUUUUACUCGAUAAGCGGAAGCGAGUCAAAAACCUCCAAGAAGAGACUGAAUACAUGAAGAAAUUGAUUUCUAAGUUACAAGAACAAAAACUGACAUACGAGUCCCUUUCUGCCUCCCGCCGCAAGAUUCUAGAUCGUAUCAAAGCCCAACUCAAGUUUGCGCAAAGUUCUGAUCAUUUCAGGCAGGAGUGGUUCAACGCUGCCCGAGUGAUCACGGACCGUAUUGUCGACCAUGAGAUCACGGCGAUAUUGGAAAGGCUUCAAAUUGGAUAGCGACCAUCAUCAAACAUAUCAUGUGGAACACGGAUAUCUGAGUGUACGCAACAUGCAAAUUUGAUUCGUGAGCAGUGUCUACUACUGGAUGACUUCCCGUAAGCCUUUGCCCAAUAAUCUGAGUAAAUAAUUUUUGAGCCGGUCUGAUGCGAGUGACGGA